AUGGCCGUGAAGCGCUCUGCUGCGGAUUCCGGCCUGACAGUCGGCGGCGACGACGGCGGCGGCAAGCGGAGAUGCGGCAGCACGAGCAUCGACGACUACGAGAUCACAUGCGAGCUCGGGAGAGGCACGUUCUGCGCCGUCACGAGGGCGCGCCACCGCGCCACGGGGAAGGACGUCGCGCUCAAAUUCGUCCUCAGCCACGACGGCAAGGUUAACGCCUUCGCCGAGAUAGCGCUGAAGCAGGAGGGCCUCUUCCUCUCACGCUUCCGCCACCACCCGACGAUCGUCUACCUCCACGGCGCCGCGUACGACCCGCGCAUCCGGACCUGGGGCCUCGUCAUGGAGCACGUCGGCCCGAGCCUGUACCGCGUCCUGCGGCAGCGCCGCCUGGCCGGCGGCCAGCCGUUCGCGGAGGAGGAGGUGCGCCAUAUCAUGCGUCAGCUCCUGAGCGGGGUGUCGGGGCUGCACGAGCGCCACAUCAUCCACCGGGACAUCAAGCCCGGGAACAUCCUCCUCGGCGACGGCGGCAGCGUCGUGAAGAUAUGCGACCUCGGGUUGGCGAUGUGCUGCGAUGAACAGAAGCCGCCGUACAACCCGGCCGGCACGCCCGGGUACCGUGCGCCGGAGAUGAUGCUCGGGAAGCCGGACUACGACGAGCUGGUGGACGCCUGGUCGCUCGGCUGCGUGAUGGGCGAGCUCCUCGCCGGCGUGCCGCUGUUCCGGGGUCCCAACCGGACCGAAGAGCUCUUGGCAAUGUACCGCCUGCUCGGAGUGCCGUGCCGCGACACCUGGCCGGACUACCCGUCCCUGCCGCUCACCGGCACGGUGAAGCUGCCGCAGUGCUGGAACAGCAACCGGCUGCGCGAGCGGUUCCCGGAGGAGCGCCUGUCGAGCGGCGGGUUCGAGGUCCUGAACGGCCUCCUCACCUGCAACCCCGGCGCGCGGCUGUCGGCGGCGGCGGCGCUCCAACUCCCGUGGUUCGCCGCCACCGUCGACGGCACUGCUGCUGCAGCAACUGAUGCGGAGACCGGUCAGUUGGCGUCCCCGAGGCAGGAGCCGGCGACGGCGGCGAGCUUCGCCGAUGAGUUAACGGAGUUGUGGUGGUUGUGGAAGUGA